AUGUCUGCCACGCGGAAGGUGGGUACUGAACUCCAGGCCGCCCUUACCGGAGAGGACGGUCCUCUUCAAAGCGGCGCCUUGCCCGCCAUCCGCGCAGCUUCAGAGCAAGGCGCGAAGCAUCUUUAUUCAGCCUUAGAUGACGAGGGAAAGAGCAUUGUGAAGCCAAAGAAGCCAAAGAAAGAGAAGGAGGAGGGAGAAGAAGUUAAGCCAAAGACUCCCUUAGAGUUGGGCCGAGAUCUAGUUCCAGCAGUCCUCGAUGAGGCAACAAAGGCACGGACGAAAGGUAUCCAGCUCAAGGGUAUGGAGUUUGCUGACCAGCUAUCAAAACAGCUUCUGGAUCAUGGGUCUGCCAUGGAGGGGUGUUACUCUGAUUUGAAGAGUGCUGUUGAAGCUACAUCGCCCAAUCUCGACAAGAUCAAAGCGCUGAUUUCGAAAGUGCAGAUUAAGAGGGACUGGUUCAAGAAAGCUGAGGUAGAUACCGGUGAAGAUCCUCGGGAGUGCGUGGCCAAUGUACUUCUGCCACACGAAGUGUUUGGGGCUUUGUACGCAAGGGAUCCGGAUCAGGUUCGUGAGGGCGUCAACAAAACGAUCGCUGAAGUGACAGCAUGGUCUCUCCACUAUGCAGCAUUGGGCCGGUACCCAGACCAAGGGUUCUAUGGAGAAGCAUUUGAGAAGAAUAGCUACAGGGAAUCUCUAUGUGGGAACCGCAUAGCAGGCAAUUUCAAGCUCACCUAUUUCGGAUUCAAAGCAGAUCUCAAAGCUAGACACCAGUGUCAUUUGCUUUCAGACUACUACCUCUGCAAAAAGAUGUGUGACCGGUGCAAAGCAAUUCAGCCUAUGACUUCGGCUCCUCACCCUAUGACCUACAAAAACAUGGCUGACAACGCACCAUACGUGACAACCUGCAAGGAUCACGGCGAGUACCUGAGAACUGCUCGUCGAAUUACACCGUGGAUUGCUGUGGAGGGGUUUCAGUUCGAGACCAUUUCAUUUGAUGUGAUGCACCUUAUCUUUUUGGGUGUUGCAAGAAACCAUGUCCCCUCGGUCCUCAAAUUGUUGAAAACUUUUGGCUACCACUAUUCCCCAGCAGAGAGCGACGAGAAGUUCCUACAGCGGGUGAGCUUGGAGAUGAAGCAGGAUUGUAAGGAUCACGGGUUUCCUGUUCAAAUUCUAUCGCCUAGUUUUUUGUGUGUUUGGAACCUUUGCGCACUAGUUUUGUUUUUGGCACGGUCGCCAACCUGA